GGCUGCCAAGUUGAGUGCGGCUGCAACGUGUGUGCUUGGGCUACUGGAGCUUCUGCUGUUUUUACGCAUUGCUUUCAUCGAGAACACUAACACCAGAAUACAGAGGGAAAUCACACUGCUUGGGCCUGUGCUGUUCCAUGCCGUUCAGAACUCUGAAUCUGCCAAAGCGCUAUGGGAUGAUCUUCCGCAAUCAUCCAUGUCCCGGCAACUAGCCGCUAUUAUGGAAGACGCCGAAACCAGUCGGAUGCUUCUAGCCGGAUACAACACCAAGGUAUAACAGUCAAGUCAGCGCUUCAGGCGUUUGUCCCAUUUGCUACGUUUUUAGAGCCAUAUUGGUAGUACGCAUGUGUGUUUAUCUGUGAGAUUUCUCUUAGGGAAUGGCAUAUAUACUCUAGUUCCUGAGGAUCUAAAAACAAGCGCAACACACUCUGUUGAAUCCAUGCAUAUUCCUAGUUGGCAAUUCUCGUGCCCUAUUAUGCUAUGCAUUCUCAGCAAGCUGAGAGCUGAGAGGCCUUUCUCGCGUUGAGACGGUCUGUUUCACGUAUGAAACUCAGCCUGUGCUGCUUGAAGCAUUAACCUCCAGUACGUACAUGUCCUGCUGUAUACGGGCAUGAUCUGUUUCGCCUUGGUUUCAUGUUACAGUUUUCCCUGUUUAGCGUUGAUGUCUUGAUAUAAAAUGUGCAGUUUUUCCUCGUAGCUGCCACGUUGCAUUCCUAUUCUGUUGUCAGGCGCAACUCCGUCUCUAGCAUUUGACAGCCGAAUCCUUGAAACUGGGGAUAUUUGGUCUCAUAUCAUACCUUUUUCCCUGCAAUACCUAAACUUUUCUUCUCUGGCACCCUAAUCCCUUGUGUAACAAUGCUAUUAUUUUCUCAUGCCUGUAUCGUAUUGGGACAGUUCAAUCCUUCCCGUUUUUCGUCUAAUCGUAGUUUCAUAUUAUACACCUCCUUUCAUAUCACCAAUCCUCAGGUGGAGUCGUUGUCGUACAUGAUGAGGGACUUCGAUACAUCAUCCAAUCUCGUCUAUUACUUACUAUUCGGUCUGCUAUUCGCUGUGCCCGUGUUUGUCGUCAAAUCGGGUGUGGGCAUGAAGAAAUUAAGUCCUUGAGUUAGUUGAAAGGCACCCGUUUCACAUCUCAUUGUUGGCGUAAUUUAAGUAAAUAAAGUAAAUUUGAGGCC